AUGCCUCUCCAGCAGGUACUGGCCGCCGCCCUGCUCGGCUUCGGCGCAGUGACGCCCGUCCACGCCCAGGGCCGAGGCGACUGGCAGGCUCCGCUGCCCGACUACUACGCCGACAUCUGCCCCGACUAUGCGCUCUACUCAACCUAUCCGCAUCGUCCCUACAGCUCGGGCCCGCACGCCCUGCCCUACCAGCGGCCGAACCCGCGGUGUCGCACGUUCCAGUCGGACGAGAUCGAGAGGGUCAUUGAGGAGGUGACGUCGAGGAUAAAGGACCCCGACCUGGCGCGGCUCUUCGAGAAUGCGUUCCCCUCCACGACGGACACGACGGUCAAGUUCCACACAAAGGGCGGCAAGGACGCGGGCUUUGUCCCCGUCCAGGGGCCUCCGCUGGAGGACGGCGCGUGGGAAGGGCCGCAGUCGUUCAUCAUCACGGGGGACAUUGUUGCGGAGUGGCUGCGGGACUCGACGAACCAGCUGCGGCCGUACCAGGCCCUGGCCAAGAAGGACCCGGCCAUCUUCGACCUGAUUGUCGGCGCCAUCAACACGCAGUCCGAGUAUGUCAUCCAGUCGCCGUACUGCAACGCCUUCCAGCCGCCCCCGAUCAGCGACCUGUCAUCCACCGCCAACGGCCAGGACGACGUGGUGCAUCCGGCGUACGAGCCGAGUGUUGUCUUUGAAUGCAAGUACGAGCUGGACUCGCUGGCGCACUUCUUGGCGCUGGCCAACGACUUUUACGAUCACACGGGGGCGACGGACUUUAUGACCAAGCGGUGGCUUCGCGCCGUCGAGACGCUUCUGGUGGUGCUUGAGCAGCAGUCGGAGCCGACGUUCAACCCGAAGACGGGCCAGUACGAGCGGAAUGCGUAUACCUUCCAGCGGUGGACCAAUGCCGGCACGGAGACGCUCAAUCUGCAGGGCGUUGGGAAUCCCCUGAAUAGCGGGACGGGACUGGUUCGGUCGGCGUUUCGACCGAGUGACGAUGCGACUAUUCUGGGCUUCUUCAUUCCGGCGAAUGCCAUGAUGUCUGUGGAACUGGGCCGGGCGGCCAAGAUGCUCCAGGCGGCACGCAACAAGGCUCUGGCGGCCAAGAUGAGCCAAUGGAGCGAGAAGCUACGUGCGGGAGUGCUGGAGCAUGGCAUCGUCAAGCACAAAAAGUACGGCGACGUGUUUGCCUACGAAGUUGACGGGUAUGGCUCUUCCAUCUUGAUGGACGAUGCGAACUAUCCGUCGCUGCUGGCUCUGCCCGUCAUGGGAUUCUGCGACGUCGACGACCCGGUGUACCAGAACACGAGGAAGAUGAUCUUGGACAAGCAGGGGAAUCCGUACUAUCUGAAGGGCAAAGACUUUCACGGAAUUGGAGGACCGCACAUUGGCUUGAAGAAUGCCUGGCCCAUGAGCCUGCUGCUUCAGGCGCAGACGUCCAACGACGACGACGAGAUCAAGCAGUGCCUCGACCUGGUGUUGAACGCGUCCCCGCGCGGCCUCAUCCACGAGAGCGUUGAUGUCAACUACGUGAGCCAGUACACGCGGAGCUGGUUUGCCUGGGCGAACGGCGUGUUUGCGGUGACGAUUCUGGAUCUGGCCAAGAGGAAGCCGCACUUGGUGUUUGGGCCGGGGGCGGCGCCGUAUGAGAUGUGA